CUGUCAUACGCCGAAUCCCAGUUUCAGACGACUCUUUGACUAAGUCCACAGAAGAUGUCAACCUACCGAGCUGAUCUGAAGGAAACCUUCCACUGCUGCAAGACCGGGGACUUGGCCAGGCUACAGUUCCUUGUCGAGACAAAAGAAGUCGAUGUGAACAGCCGAGAUAAUUGGGACAGUACCUUGCUGUACUACGCUUGUCUCUGUGGUCAAAAGGAAGUGGUGAAUUACUUGCUGGAUAAUGGAGCCUUGUGUGAAGCCAAGACAUUCGAUGGGGAGCGUUGCUUGUAUGGCGCCCUCACUGACGAAAUAAGAGAUAUACUGAAAGCACGGAAGGCUGUCACAACAGGGAAAGCACGCAGGGACGGCUACCAAGAAUUUCUAAGAAGGGUUCUUGAAGGGAAUUGCUAUGAAGACAUUUGCUUCGUGGUCCACGAGGAGACAUUCCCAGCCCAUCGGUGUAUCCUUCACGCUAGAAGUCCCUACUUUGCUGAUAUGUUAGAGACAAAAUGGCAGUAUAAGAGUACCAUUCACAUCAAGCAUACUGUGGUACGACCCCAAGCAUUUACAGCUAUCUUGCAGUACAUCUAUACAGGCUACUUGGAGGUCCAUUUGGAUUUGUACGAAGACUGUGUAAGAUUUGCCAAACAAUGCCAAAUGCCUGAGCUCAUUAUGCAGCUAGAAACCAGCCUGCGCACCAUCAUGCAAUAUGUCCCUAGUAAGCCAGGCAUCCAUGUAUCCAUGGUGACGGUCGUACCACAGCAAGGCUCUACAUUUUUGCAAGAUCAGUUGCAAUUUCUUGCAGACUUUGCAGUUCCACAGAAUCUUUGUCAGUUUUAUGGGCCCGGUAUUUUACCCUUCUGUGGUGAGGACCAGGAUCAGCCACCGUUUGCUGAUGUUUGUUUCUCAGUUAUGGAUCAGCUCUUCUUUUGCCACAAGGUGUUCUUCUGUGGUCGUAGCGAGUAUUUCAGAGCCUUACUCUCCGAUCACUUCUCAGAGAUUGCUCAAGAUAAUCACUACUCGUUACCCACCAUCACACUACAUGACAUCUCACCGCAGAUCUUCGCUAAAGUUGUCUAUUACAUGUACACAGAGAAAGUCCAGUUGACAGAAGACACAAGUUACGAUGUUCUAUGCAUAGCCGAUCUAUACCUCCUACCUGGUCUGAAGCUAGUCUGUGCUAAUGAGAUUUACAGGCAUCUAACAGCGGAUAAUGUCGUCUCGGUGCUGAGAGUAUCCAGAAUGUUCAAUCUAACCAAACUGGAAGAUCAGUGCACCGAGUACAUCGCUAAGAACUUAGACAAGAUCAUCGAGUCAGAAGAGUUUGAGAAAAUAAUCUUGGAGGACGCAGCGGAGAUCAAAGACAGACAGGAGACGGAUUCUAUCAUUAUCAUCGAUGAGAUCCGACAUCACAUCUCAAGAUUAGUGCAGACGUUUAGCGAGGUGUCUGAGGCACAGCACUCAUUACAUAUGAUUGAUCUACUAUUACUGAGGCUUGGAUUGGACUGCUAGAGGUUUGGGAUAACAAUCAAAUAAACUCAGACAGAAAGAGUUCACUGGGGCGACUUCAAAUUGUUUUGUUUUUUAAGCAAGACGCCAAACACAGAAGGGUUGAAGUCCACUUCAAGAUGUGGACUACAAAUUAACUAUCUUUAGCAGGGGCCAUUGCAACCUACUCCUGGGGCUGAAACAGGUUACCCCCUUGACAGUCAAUACGGAUUUUGGGUAUCAUUCAUCAGAAGCCUGGCCGGUAGAGCACAAAGGACCUCCCCAACAAGUGUCUUGCUUAAGAACACAAGUGUCGCGGCCGGGACUUGAACCCACAUUCUGCUGAUAUACUGUGACAAUGCACUCAUUUUGCAUCCAAUAUUUGGAUAUGCUACGGCAUAUUUGUUCUGUUUUAUGUGUACAAAUUCUAUGUUUACCUAUUUAUGCUGAAUUUAAUAUUUUGAUAUAUGGAAAAUUAUCAAAGAAUUGUAAUCUAGAGUGUCCUGAAAAUUAUAGGAGCAUCUUACUUAACUACGAUAAGUAAUACAAAUUAAUAUUUUGUACAUGUAUAUGUAUAUAUAUAUAUAUAUCAAAAACUCAGAAGUACAUAUAACUGAAGUACAUGUAACUGUACUUUAUCUUAUUUACGGUUGAACAAAGAAAAUUGACACGAGUGGGACUCGAACUAAC